GAAAAGGCGAUGUGACGUCAUCAUCGAAAUUGAAAGACCUCUCUCUGUCGCAGGUUCUACAAGGGAAAGGCCACGCGGUAACACGUAAGGCAAAAAGGAGCAAUAUAACGUUGCUUUUAAAUCGGACAAGACUUCCACUGAAAAAUGACAUUAAAUCUCACAGACGGUGCAAUUGAGAACGUCAGUUCUUUCAUAAGUGGUUCUGAUCCACCCUUGACCCGCCUCGUGAUGAGUGAUGGCCUGCACACCAUGUCCUACUUCACGCAGGCUACCCAGUUGAACCGUCUGGUUGAGGAGAACUGUCUGCUCCCCUACUGUGUCUGUCUACUGAAGAGGAGUGUCACCAACAUACUGAAUGAUGGAAGGUGUUGGGUGACAGUAUUGGAGAUGGAGGUGGUGAAGUCAGCAGAGGAGAUGGGAGGGAAGAUUGGAACACCCACUCCCUAUGUGGAAGUUUCCCGUGUGUAUGAAGAAUGGUCCACCACCCAUAGGACAUCCAGCCAACUUGACACAACUGUGGGAAGCACUGGAGUCAACAUGGGCCAGCAUCCCUGUGGAACGCUUUCGACACCUUGUAGAGUCCAUGCCCUGACGAAUUGAGGCUGUUCUGAGGGCAAAAGGGGGGGUGCACCUCAUCGUUAGGAAGGUGUUCUUAAUGUUUUGUAUAGUCAGUGUAUAUUGAUGUUCAUUGUAUAGGCUACUCGUUUAACCUCAUCAAUCUACACACAAUGACAAAGCAAAAUCUGUUAAUUAGAUGUAUCACAUUUACAUACUGUAAGUAUUCAGACCCUUUACUCAGUACUUUAUUGAAGCACCUUUGGUAGCGAUUACAGCCUCGAGUCUUCUUGGGUAUGACGCUACAGGCUUGGCACACCUGUAUUUGGGGAGUUUCUCCCAUUCUUCUCUGCAGAUCCU